UGUACCUCAAACACCAGGCACCAGGGCUGGCAGGCACUUACCCCAGGGGGCAGAGAAAGAGAGGUCCAAACCUCAAACUGCUGAGUAUGUGAGCAAAGUGGUCUCUGAAGCCGCCCUUGCAUAAGAAGCAACGAGGGGGGAGUGGUCAGAGACAAGAUUUUCAAAAAAAGUGAAGGAAUUAUAUAAAAAAAAGGAAGUUUGGUGAGUACAACUGAAAAUACAGAGCAUUCUAAACCAAAACAUGCAGCUCACUUAGCAAAACCCAGUUGUGAGAAACAGCGCCGAUGAUAUCAGAAGGCAUUUUCAACGCGCUGCAAUACACAGAAGACAAAACAAAAGCAGAAGCACUGAGAGUGUCACCUGGAAUUUGCAGCUGUCUCUGGCUAAGAAACCAGUUCAAAGCCAGAGGAAGGUCUAAGUCUCAGAACUGGGAUGUCCAGCUGCUCCUCCAACCUCUCCUCGCUCGGAGGGAUUCACACAUGAACACUCCUGCCUGCUCACAUGGUUAAGAGCUAGAGGAACCACAAGCAACCCUCCAUCAGCAACAACAGCUUCCCAUCUCAGAAACACCCACGCUUUGCAGCACGUUACGGAGGAGGAACAGACGAAGUGCAAAUGAAAGCCACAACCAACUUCAGUUACUCUAGACAUGACAGCAACUGCACCAGCGAUAACAAAAUUAGUCAAGUCAUUUUUCCUUUGCUUUAUACAAUGCUGUUCCUGGUGGGUAUCACCAUGAACAGCCUGGCAAUGUGGGUCUUUUUCAAAAUAACCAGUAAAUCCAAUUUCAUCAUCUUCCUCAAGAACACUGUCAUUUCUGACUUCCUCAUGAUCUUGACUUUUCCAUUUAAAAUCCUUAGCGAUGCAAAGUUGGUAUCAUGGGUACUGAGAGGAUUUGUUUGCCAAGUCACCCAGGUUGUAUUUUACUUCACCAUGUACAUUAGCAUUUUGUUUCUUGGUCUAAUCACUAUUGAUCGCUAUCAGAAAGCCACUUCGCCGUUCAGAACAUCAACACCACGGAGCCUUUUAGGUGCCAAGAUCCUGUCCAUAGCAAUUUGGAUAUCAAUGUUUGCUCUUUCAUUACCCAACAUGAUUCUGACAAACAAGAAGAGAACACCUAAGAAUGUAAAAAAGUGUGCUCUCUUGAAAUCCGAGUUUGGCUUAGUCUGGCAUGAAAUCGUAAACUAUAUUUGUCAGCUUAUCUUCUGGGUUAAUUUAGCAGUCAUAGUUGUAAGCUACAUACUCAUAAGUAAAGAACUGUACAAAUCCUAUAGAAGGACAAGAUCCACAGGAAAGGUAUCCAAGAAGACUGUAAAUCUGAAAGUUUUCAUCAUUAUUGCAGUGUUCUUUAUUUGUUUUGUGCCUUUCCACUUUACUAGAAUCCCCUACACGCUGAGCCAAACGAGAGAUGUUUUUGAAUGCUCUGCUCAGAAAACCUUGUUUUACUUGAAAGAGAGCACGCUGUGGCUGACGUCGCUCAACGCUUGCCUAGAUCCAUUCAUAUACUUCUUCCUUUGCAAAUCAUUUAGAAAGUCCUUGCUAGACAUGCUGUGCAAGCACACGGCAUCAUCAGAACUCAGAGCACGGAUGAAGGAGCAGAACGAAGAUGACACAGACGAGACCCCGGUCUAGAGCUAAGAACUACCCACAUCCCUUUUUGGCCAUGUACUUUGUAUUGGUGGGUGGAAGCAGCACAAACCCUCUGGAACAAUAUCGAGAACUUCACCAACUUCUUUAGAAACUAUAGAUGAAGCACAAGCACCCUGGAACCAACAUCACCUGUUGCAAAAAAAGGUAAAACUAGAAAGCUUGACUAGAAGAGCGCCACCCGAUCACAACCUCCGUGCUCGUCAGAACUGCUACGGAGGAGUUUGAACUUACAGUUGGAGCUGUAACGGGAAAAUUGAGAGAGUCACGAAAUGCUACAGAUGACAUUAUGAACUGCAAAGGUUUUGCAGAAAUAGCUUAACUUGGGCCAGAGUAAAGUCCAUGACAACACAAGAUCUGGGAGACACAAAUAAAAUCCACAGUAAACAUGAGUUCUAAAUACAGGGAGUUGUCUGCCAGUGGCGUACAAGGUGACAAACAGAAAUAUAGGACAUAAGAUAAGCUAUUUAUCUGUGCAUACUUGGUAACAGAGUAACAGUUUACUUAUCACAUGCCUGCAAUUCUUAAUCCAUUGACCAGUAAUUAAUAGUUGUAUGUCAGAGGAAAUUAUUUCAUAAUCAGGCUUAUCUUCAUGUGAAUUAACUCUUCAGAUACUUCACCUUAUUAUGUGAAUAAAUAAAAAGGUACACUUUAUAGAAAGCAAUAUAUCAUAUUAGAAACUAUAGAAAGACUCAAUUUAAAGAAUACUUAGACCUUAGGGAAAGAUAGACCUAGAGUCUGUAAAAUGGUAAAAUUUUUAAUGAUCAUUAAGGGCAGCUUUUUUGCACUACACAAAAAAAAAAAAAAAAAAAAUAACUAUUUCCCCUUUUUCAUUUGGAAAAGUUGAAAAAAAAAAAAAAACCCCAAACCACGGAGAAGUAUUUUCAGGUACAUAACAUUUUCAGGUAUUGGAAUCACCAUACAUGAAACAGAUCCUAGGCUACUGGAAUAAAUUAUGGUUCAUUUCUCAUUACUGCAACACAGCUCCAGUUCAGAAAUACGUUCUACCACGAUGCAAGAGCUGAGUCCUGCCAAAAGCCAGUGCCUGCCUACCCUUCCCCAGCAGUAUCUGUGCCCGGCAGGGUACUGGGCAGUUUUGUGGCUGAUAUCCAAUUUCCUAGAAAGCUUAAAGACAGUUCACUUCCUUUAGCACUCAGCCUUGGAGUCGAUGCAUCUCUUGUAACCUGCCUGGAUGAAUUAAAUAUU